AUUUUAGGUUGACACCUGCGAUGUCCUUCCAACUUCCAAGCUUUAAAGAUCUGUUUGGCUUUGGCACACAACAUAGUGUCCAACUGUCCAUAGCUGCCUGCUACCUAUUCUCGGCGACUUGUGCAAAGCUCACUACUGCUUGUUUCUUGUUCCAUCCGCCAUUGUCUCUCUAAAACCUCCACUCUUUCAUAUAUACGUCGCAUUUCAAAAUCCCCAAACUCUGCCUUUCCCUUUCUUUCCCUGUCCGUUUACCAGAGAAGUGGCCGCCGCUCCUUCCAUUUCCCGGUAACCAUGUCACUGUCGCUCAAUUUUUUCACUCCAGCAACUCGCUCCCCAAAUCUUACCUUCCCUAAAUCCCCUCUCACAGCUCUCAAUUGCCUGUUCCCGAUCACUUUCUCGCCCAAAUCUAUCUCCAUCAAGUCCUCAGCUUCAACAGAUCCCAACUCUGCGCCGUCAUCUCAGGUCUUGGUUUCCAGUAAUGGUACAGGAAGCAGCUUGUUGGCGCCGGAGUAUAAUUACUCGGCAGCAGCAGAUGUGAGUUCGAUCGAGGUAGAUGCGGUGACGGAGGCAGAAUUGAAGGAGAAUGGAUUUAGGAGCACGAGGAGGACGAAGCUUGUUUGCACGAUCGGUCCGGCCACUUGCGGCUUCGAGCAGCUGGAAGCUCUGGCGGUUGGAGGCAUGAACGUCGCGAGGAUUAAUAUGUGUCAUGGCACCCGCGAGUGGCAUAAGAGCGUCAUUGAGCGAGUUAGGAGGCUGAAUGAGGAGAAAGGUUUUGCUGUUGCUAUUAUGAUGGAUACUGAAGGGAGUGAGAUUCACAUGGGUGAUCUUGGUGGAGCUUCUUCUGCCAAAGCUGAGGAUGGGGAAAUCUGGACUUUUAGUGUCAGAGCCGUUGAUUCACCUCGUCCAGAACGCACCAUCAACUUAAGUUAUGAUGGUUUUGCUGAGGAUGUGCAAGUUGGGGAUGAACUCCUUGUGGAUGGUGGGAUGGUGAGGUUUGAGGUGAUUGAGAAAAUUGGUCCAGAUGUCAAGUGCCAAUGUACUGAUCCUGGACUGUUACUACCACGGGCUAAUUUGACUUUCUGGAGGGAGGGGAGUCUAGUGCGAGAACGUAAUGCCAUGCUUCCCACAAUUUCCUCUAAGGAUUGGUUAGACAUUGAUUUUGGUAUCGCGGAGGGUGUUGAUUUUAUUGCAAUAUCAUUUGUCAAGUCUGCUGAAGUGAUUAAUCAUCUCAAAAGCUACAUUGCUGCUCGGACUCGUGAUACUGACAUAGCUGUUAUUGCAAAGAUAGAGAGUAUAGACUCAUUGACGAACUUAGAGGAGAUCAUUCAAGCAUCAGAUGGAGCUAUGGUAGCAAGAGGCGAUUUGGGUGCACAGAUACCAUUGGAACAGGUACCAUCAGCUCAGCAAAGGAUUGUUCAGCUAUGCAGGCAGCUAAAUAAGCCAGUCAUUGUUGCCUCUCAAUUACUUGAAUCUAUGAUUGAAUACCCUACACCAACCCGAGCAGAAGUAGCUGAUGUUUCUGAAGCAGUUAGGCAGCGGGCUGAUGCUUUGAUGCUCUCUGGUGAGUCAGCCAUGGGCCAGUACCCAGAGAAGGCAUUGGCUGUUCUUAGAAGUGUCAGUGUUAGAAUUGAGAAGUGGUGGAGAGAAGCAAAACGCCAUGAAGCUAUGCAACUUCCAGAUGUAGGAUCCGCACUUUCUGACUGUAUUUCUGAAGAGAUUUGCAACUCUGCUGCCAAGAUGGCUAACAACUUGGAGGUGGAUGCUCUUUUUGUCUAUACAAAGAAUGGUCACAUGGCAUCUCUUUUGUCUCGUUGCCGACCUGAUUGUCCAAUCUUUGCUUUCACAACCACAGCAUCGGUAAGGAGGCGCCUGAACCUACAGUGGGGCCUGAUACCUUUCCGCCUGAGCUUUUCAGAUGAUAUGGAAAGCAACCUUAAUAAAACCUUCUCCUUGCUUAAGGCUAGAGGAAUGAUCAAAUCAGGUGACCUUGUUAUAGCUGUUUCAGACAUGCUGCAGUCGAUUCAAGUAAUGAAUGUUCCUUAGAUUUUAUUUAAAAUUGCUCUCUCCAUGCUGGAGUGUUUUAUAUAUUAUUUGCUAUGUCCAUGGUUACUGGGUCAACCAUAUGGUUACUGCUGGAAUAUUCAUGUUGCUGUAAAGAAAAGGAGAGUGGAAGUGAGUUCAUCCAGCUUUCAUUUGGCCUCAUACUUGUUACUCUGAGCAGAUCCCCGCCUAUUCGGCUGCAAGACGCUAUUAGGUUCCGCAUGAGCAACUCCUGACUUUUGGCAGUUGAUACAAUUUUAACCAGCGACUUUCAUUUUAUUUUAGAGUGUUAUAUUGCGAAAUGUACCAGUUAAGCUAUGACUUUAAUUCCGAUCAGGGUACCCAUUUAGCAUUUUGUUGUUUAGCAACUCGACUUUGUGUUCCCACAAAUGCUUAACCAAGCACAAUAACGAACCCUCUUGGCAGAUUCGUUUAA